AUGGUGCUGCCGGGCGCUGCUUCUCGGGACCUCAUCCAGGAGGUCAUCAGGACUGCCCUCACUGCAUUGUACGAGGCUGCCAGCCACCAAUCCGAGAGAAUUGCUGAACUGGAACUCGACGUGAAACAGAAAGCCAACAGGGAAGACAUCAAUGCCGCUCUGUCCCAGAAAGCCUCGUCGUUUGAUGUCAGCUCCCGCAUCAAGAAGCUGGAGAAUCUGGUGGCAGGCAAGGCAGAUGAAGGGGACAUGGACGAGCAGCGGGAAGGGCUGGAGGCAGCUUUGCAGGCGACCAACUCCUCUUUUGGCUCCAUGCUGGACUCCAAGGCUGACUCCUAUCAGAUCAAGUCUUGGCUGGAGCAAGUGGACGACCGCAUCAGCGCAAUGGAGGAGAGCCAGAUCCGAGGGGAUCAGCUGACAGGCCAGAAGCUGACUGGACUGCGCGCUGACAUGGACGCCAGGCUGGCGCAUCUGCGCGCUGAUGUGGACGCCAGGCUGGCAAAGGAGGCUGCGCAGAUCGAGUUCAGCUGCAAUGCUGCCAUGGGCGAAAUGGUCAGUGCUGGCAUCGAGCAGAUCAGUGCCACAUCUGCAGCUGCAGGGGAGGCGCUGCGCAAGGUGGUGGAGGAGCUUAAGGAGCAGCUGGUGGGAGACAUGUCGGCACUCAAGGCGGAGACAGCGCAGCUCAACACCAGGACGCUGAUAAAACUGAACGCUGCGAUGGAGCAGAGCCGGUCGCUGAAGGCGUGGAGGGAACAGCAGAACCUGCGCAUCCUGGAGAUGCAGGCGGCGCUGACCGGACUGGACAACCGGCACAAGGCGGCGGCCGCGCGCGCCGAGAAGGCGCUGGAGGCAGCUGCCCGGGAGCUGCGCGCAGAGGCGGCAGCUGCCCAGAAGGCGGAGUCGCGCCGGCUGGAAGCCAUGCUGCAGCACUCCACCUCACUGCUGCGGCAGACUUCGGUCCUGGGCCUGGCAACUGCGCGAGCCACGAUUGUGAACGACAUCGAGUCUCUGCGCGGCGAGAUGGAGGAGCUGAAGGCAGAGGCGCUGCUGUCGCCGGCGCCGUCGAUUGCCGCAGCGUCUCCGAUGGCGUUCCAGGCCUUCCAGAGCCGGCUGCAGCGGGCAGGCUACGAUCUGACACGCGGGCCGCCAGAUCAGGCACGAGCUGCGAUUAGCAGCGCUGACUCAUUCCUGCCGGCCGCUGGUGACCUUGAGGCACAGGUCGCUGCACAGGACAUGCCGCAGCAACAAGGCAAUCUGCAGGCAUCUUCAGCGGAAGAUAGUGAAGAACCGGCGGACACAAACAGUCCUCAUGAGCAGGAAGCCACUUCCAGCAUGAUGGAAGAAUUCCAGGGCAAAAGCAGCCCAGAUGACAGUAGCACUGCACGGGUUGUUACAGAAAGCCGGAUUACCCCAAACGGGCCGGCUUCUAGGCCGGAUCAGGGCAGUGAAGGCAGCGCAACAGAGGCAGACGGGCAGGCCGUUGUGCCAACUUACUCGCAAGCAAUGGACAGGGCGCAGAGCAGCGAGUCAUGCCUGAGCAUCAGCGAGCACGCAGCUUCGCUGAGCACAGCGUUAAGCGGCGUUCCCAUCCCGGCGAUAGAGUGUAUCCUGGGCGACGCCACCUCAGCGGCGGCCGACGACACCUCAGCGCCGCUGAUGUCAGCGGGCGCCGGCGACAGCUCAGCGCAGGCCGCGCUGAACGCCCUCGUAGACCAGAUCAUCGACAGGGAAAUGCGCGAGGAGCGCGAGUCACAGGGCCCCUCCCCCAAGUGGCCAGGGCUGUCCGAAGAAGACUUGCUCGAGCCAGAAGCAGUGCUAAUCACAGCGGACGACAGCUCUGGCUUGCUAGCGCCAGCAAUAUUGCCAGUGGCAGACGAGCUGGCAGUCAAUCCCAUUGGAGGAGAUUACCUGCAUGCGCCAGAAGUACUGAUAUUGACAGAAGAGGAUGGCGUGCUUGAGCCAGAGAUUUUGAAAUCGGCAGAUGAGCAGACAGGCAGCGCUUGUCUGGAGAAUGGCUUGCUUGAGCCAGAAAUGCUGGUACUGACAGACGAGCACGCACCCGGAUCUCCUCAAGAAGAUGGCUUACCUGAGGCAGACAUUCUGACGGUGUCAGACAGUCCGGUGGCAGAGGCUUUUCAUGAGGAUAAUUCAGCACCGAGGCCGGUCGAUGCGCGCUGUGCGGCGCCAAAUGCAGCCCCUAGCAUGCAUGAGUCAGCUCGCAGUGCGGCAGAGCAGCCACCCAGCGUGCACAGCGUGGGAGCGGCAAAAGACACAUUGCAGCGAGGAGACACCUCAAACACAUCACAGGAGACAAAUGAAGCGGCCCCAUCUGCAGCUGCAAUGGACUCUAGCAUUUCAAGCAACUUGAGGAGGCAGCAUGAGGAGCUAAGACAGGCAAGCAGUGACCCCGCUGCGGAUGUGCGUAGGCGGUGCGAUGAAGCUUUGCAGCUGUCAGGCGCUGCGGCACAAGGGCCCAUGCCUGAUGGCAGCGAGCGCCCCAAACCUGUCAGCCGGCCAUUAUUUCCACACGCUGCCACAAAUGGGUCUGCACAAGUCCAGGACCAGAUGAGCGGCAGACGGAUCACAGGUCUGACCAGCGAGGCUGUGCAGGCAGCAGGCACAGUCAGCAGGGGUGCCGGAGAUACGCAGCAGAUGCGCGCCGCCAUGCUGGCGAUCCAGCUGGCGCUGACUCAGCAGGCCGCCAGCUCAUCGGACCUCCAGCGCCGCAUGCGCAUUCUCGAAGGGCGUACCUUUCACACGAACUCCCCAGAGUCACCCAGUGGAGCACAAAACAUUCAUCACUCGCAUGACCGAUCCCCACAGGCGCAUUUGCAUCACCCGGCAGUGGAGUCGCCGUCUGGAGCCUCACAGGCGUCAGGAGCAAUGCAGGGUGCAGACAGCGCGGCGUGGGGAAUGAAGGGGGCUGGGAGAAUGUUGCAAAACAUGCAAGGGGAGUAUGAACUAGAGCAGCAGCUGCCGCAGCACCUGCUGGCCAUCGGCCGGCACAUGGCGCGCAUGGAGGCGGCCAUGACUAAGCUGCACACCAAGAUGGAGCUUCUGCAUGGGUUUGAUGGAAGCUCGGGGAAGGGACAAUUGCAGGAGACUGCUCGCAUACAGGCAGCAGCAGCUGGGGAGUGGGAAGAGGGGUGUUGGGGAGGCAGCCGGGGGACUUGA